AUGGGAGGUGGUCCAGAAGGUGUUGACUUGUCUGCCCCGAGCUUCUCAAACAAAGCUCGAGCAUUGUUGAAGCGAGCCACAUGGCUCUCACUAACAGCAGAAAGAGGGACUCGAGGGGAGAGAGAGGAACAGUGGGGAAGAGAUGGAAGGAGAGAGUGGAAAGAUGUGGAAGAAGGGAUACUUACGAUGAAGGACGAGAGAGACAAGGGAGGAAGUAACAUUUGAAAUAUUGAAAUUGCAAUGCAAAAUGUAUUCUGGGACGCUCCCUUUGAGAGAAAAUCCGAAUCAGAUGUUGACGUCAUCCGCAAACAGCGCACACGAGUUUCGGAGCAGCACGCAAGAGGCGUGGCUGCUGCUCCGACUCACCCGUGCGCGGCGCUCAGCGAGCCCACAACAUCACGCACGUUGAGGUCGUCGACACAGACCCGUCACGCAUGGGGCGCCCCGCAGGAGCGCUCGGGGAGGAAGUCGCUCUGGCAGUCGCGCUAAUCCAGCGGCGAGGAACAGCGGAAGGUGGAAACUACUUCCCCGUGACCAUGCCGAGUGCCCACGUUCUCUGGGCGUAGCGAGGGCGAAAAGGUCUUCGGGUGAAGAAUGGGAAGAAUCCGUGGACGUCGUAAGCAUCAAGAAUGGAAGUAGGCGAAACAAUUGUGUGUUGAAAAUAGUGGUUCGGAGUUGUUGAACUAAACUGCACAAAAAUGGUUUUCUAAAAGUAGCAUGCUCAGGAAUAAAAAAUAAAAUACCUCCUCACAACAAUGCUACAACUUACAUAUUUUAAUAAAAACAGUAGUAAUAGUG